AUGGAGGACUAUAAGCACUUAGCGGGCAUCAAGAGUAAGGCCGGCCGCCUAGUGGGGAUCUCCCAGCAACAGGCUGUGGAGAGUAAGGCCGGCCGCCUGGCGGGGAUCUCCCAGCUACAGGCUGUGGAGAGUAAGGCCGGCCGCCUGGCGGGGAUCUCCCAGCUACAGGCUGUGGAGAGUAAAGCCGGCCACCUGGCGGGAAUCUCCCAGCUACAGGCUGUGGAGAGUAAGGCCGGCCACCUGGCGGGAAUCUCCCAGCUACAGGCUGUGAAGAGUAAGGCCGGCCACCUGGCGGGGAUCUCCCAGCUACAGGCUGUGGAGAGUAAGGCCGGCCACCUGGCGGGGAUCUCCCAGCUACAGGCUGUGGAGAGUAAGGCCGGCCACCUGGCGGGAAUCUCCCAGCUACAGGCUGUGAAGAGUAAGGCCGGCCACCUGGCGGGGAUCUCCCAGCUACAGGCUGUCGAGAGUGUGGCGAGCACUAAGGCGGAGCUACGGCAAAGGAAGAUUGAAAGGAAGAGAAAGAUCGUGGAGAUUAACAAGAAGAAGGUGGCGAGGGAGGCGCACGAGAAGCUCAGACGGCAACGCGAGCGAGAAGAGCUUGUUAAGGACCGCGCUGUUGCCUUGAAAGACGCAGAGAUGAUAGCGGACAGGCGGACCUGGCCAUAAUAGAGGGACUGGAGACGAGGACUAUUCAUAGAUCCGACAUGUCAAUCACGCGCGCACGAAUAGCCAAUCAGGUAAGAAAUGAUGCAAUAACAGCCAUGUGCUCCCACAAAUGUCCCACAAAAAGUCGGCAAUCGACGGCAAAAAAGAUUAGUUUGAGAUAUUUUUUGCGAAUUUGGACAAACAAAUAAGCAUUUUCGGUCAGCGUAGAAAGCGCUAGUCCUGUUUUCUUUGACCGGCCACUUUUAGUGUAGAGGUGGGACUCAAAUUGCAGAAAAACACGUAAAAUUUCUGCGAAGAAACGAAAAACAAAAAGCAAACAAACCACAUACAAGAACAGUGUAAGUCCUACCUUUGAACUUGUGUUUGAUAUUAUCCUAGGUUACUUUAAUUUCAUAUAACAAUAAGACUGUCAUUUGUAUUAUUGCCUGUAAAUCUUGACGUUUGCCGAUAAAACUUGUCGUUAAAAGUCAGGCGUAAAAAGCGAAUUCGGCAUUCUCUUCUACUUUUUCCCGCAUUUAAAUCACUGCAAGUUGACAAAAAUAGCUUUAAAAACACAUAAUCAUAUAGUAACUACCGAAGAGAGCACCGCUUUAUCUCAACAUUUCCAAGUUCUCGAGUUUUGAGCUGGAUUCGUUUCCAUGAAACAACCGUAGUUAUCUAUUUCUUUGCUUUAUUCUCACAAGAUUUUCACCAAGCUUGGACAACAAGACAAGUUUCCAUCGUGUUAGGUUACUGUGUUUUAUUUUCCAAGUCGCAGGAAAACCUCUAUAAACGUCUGUAUUUAAAAUAACUCCGGGCAGGACUCACUGACCUCAUCCGACAUGUUGUACAAUUUGUGGGACAUUUGGGUUACACUUCGCUGGCUUCUAUUUGCUGCUUUCUGAUUGGAUAUUCGUGCGCGCGUCGGAUCUAUGAAUUGCGUCUCAGUCUCGGAGACGUGCGAAUGUGAGAGUGAGCCCCAGAUGGAUGCUGGGAGCGAUGAGGAAUUCUGGGGUUAAACUCUGGUCAACGAGACCGUCAUCUUAGCCUUUAUUUUUCCCUAAUUCUUCUAUAUCUUUUACCUAUUUAUAUGCCACCGAUCUGAGGUGAGGAGCUACCCUCGUCCACAGACUUUGAAAACAGUGGUAAUAUGUAAGAAAGUUAAAUGGUGUAUUUCCCGAAAGAGCGGUAAAAAUAACGUUCUUUCAAAUAAAAUAUUAUGACUCAAUUUUUUAAACUUUAACACAAGUCAAACUUUAUCACCAAGUCAAAGAAGAAUCGUUAACUUCGUCUCUUUAUUUUCGUUAUUGCCCGCAAAGUAUUUUAGUAUUUUUUUAUCUAAUUAUUAAUCUUUGAAUCCAUUUCUGCCAUUUUCAAUAUCCUGCGAACUCUCAUUAACAGACCGCCUUCUGGCUUCCAUCAUUCAAACAUAAUUAUACUUGCGGCCUUCUGAUUGGUCAGCGCCUUAGGAAGAAGUGCCAUGAUUGGACUAUUUCAGUGCUCGUUAAAAACAAGAAAUCUUCAAGAAGUUAGAGGGCGAUCUAGCUGGAAUCGUCGGCGAGUGUUCCCGGAAUAUUGAAAAACUGCACUAAACAGUUAUUAAUUUUCAUUGCAAACGCGGUGAAAAACAACAACAUGCUGCUUCAGUAAUUUAUGAGACGACUUGAUCUCUGAGCUUCUCGUACGCAUGCGCAACGUUCAGCACCAUGGCAUCGUCGAACCUGCGUCCGACUAUCAUCAUUCCAACAGGCAACCCGUGGGAUGAGCCCGCGUUGAUGGACAGCGCCGGAUGACCGGACAAAUCGAAGGGAGCCGUGUUGCAUAUUUGUAAAAAAGCUGUAUGCACAAAUUCUGUAAAAAUAAAAACAACUGUUUUAAGCUCAA